AUGAAGGGCGCCGCUCGGCGGCUAGCAGCCGCACUGGAAAUCAUACGCACGGGUACUGGCUCCACAAAGGAUAUGAAGGCACAGCACAAAGAAAUUGUACAGUCGCUGAUUGCACUGCAGCGUCUGUGGAAGCCAGAUCUGCUGUCAGAUUCUACAUCAGCCAUUGACCGAAGCAGCAAGAGCAAUACGGCGCUCUUCGAGCUGCUGCUGACCACGCUCAUUGUGUACAGCGGUGGAUAUAUGGGCAAUAGUAACGCAGGAUUGGCAAGUGGUAAUUCGGGCGGGUUUAUAGCAUCGUCCAAUGCCUCUACGUCCGAGUGUGUGCACCACCUUGUGUGUGACCUUCUUGUGCGCUCCUUUGAAUUUUCUGCCGUUCCGAUGAUCAAUAACACACUGCUUGGCAAGAAUACAUCGCUUUUUGUCAAGGUGUCGCUAAUUAUGGUAGUCUGUCGUUUGCCACUGCAAGAGACACUACAGUUUUUUCCUGAUGCUAUGGUUGUGGCCAAUAAAAACAUCCGAGGGGCGGAUCAAUACAUGAAACAGUGCCUUAUUGAAAGUGUGGCUUAUGCUCUCGAAGGAGACUCAAACCGACUGAUGGCAUUUCAUGCAGAAGCUCUAAAAAUCGUGUACAAAACAUUCCAAGACAAGGUACCAGAAGUACGGAUAGCUGCCGCGAGGCUGCUGCAAGUCGUGGCAGAGCGCACCUUUGUGUCAGCAGCGUCAAGUACUGGAGGUAAUGCCACUAGCGAAAGUCAGGCCGGAAGCAGCUCCAAUGGAAGUGUGAGUGGAAGUGGCAAUGGUACGGGAGCAUCGGCAGGAACGAGUGCAGGAAGCAGCAGUCCGAGCUCACCUGGCGUGUCGCUCGAGGGGAUCAUGCAAGUUACUGCAAAAGGGAUAGAUGAUGCUGCACCUGAAGCAAGAAGAGCGUACUCUGUGGUAUUCGGUGUGGUGCUUGCCAAGUAUGCAACGACAUCUUCAGGAGACACAGACAUACAAGCAGGAGGCGAAUAUAAUGGAACAAGCACUAUUAGAAGCAAUGUCGAAGAUGGAACUGGCAGAGGAUCGACGAUACCCGAGACUCCCUCUAGCAGUGCCGGAAAAAUUAAAUCUGGCUUCAAGCUACAUGUUCCCGGAAUUAAUUUGCCGUCUUCUCUCUCGCGUCGAAAGGCUGCUACAGUUAACUUCUCCACAAUCGCACACGUGGUCACAUAUUUUAAAGAUAUGAUUACUAGUAAAUAUCUUUCGACGAAUUCAGGUCAAGGCCACGGAGGUAUUUUGGCUUCAUUUUCUAUCGCUUUGUGCAGUAUGUUUGAGCGCUUACCGCCAGAUUUAAUAGCUGAGUCACAGCUUCGUGAAAUUAUGGAUGCUACGUUUUCUAUCCUUGACCAUCCGUUCGCACUCGGGGAUCUGACCAGAGCACGCAAUGCUGCGGGCUUUGUACUGCGCUAUGGACUUAAUGGGUCUCUUAACGAGCACAAACAAGAAAUACUUUUAGGUAUUUAUAUACAAAAGCUUAAGGCUAAGAAUCAAGCAGCAGAGUCAAAUCAUCACAAGAUUUUGUCGAUACUAGUCGAAAUUAGUCACAUGUUUCACUCCAUGGGCGAAUCUGCUGUUACUCAAGCACGUGAUGCUAGUGAUGUGCUCCAAAAUCUCAUUUGCCAUGAAAAACAAAGCGUUCGAUUUCAAGCAGCUGUUGCGCUGGCUUCACUUGUCACCGCGAUUCCGUAUCGGCUUAAAAACGUGCUGACGAGGUGUCUUCAGGGUCUUCGUGAUACUGCAGAGUAUCUUAUGCGAGGAGGUCCGGACAUUGACGAAGUAGAUACUAUAGAGUUGGCUCCAAAGACAAAAGGUUGGCUUCACGACAGCAAAGACAUGAGUAAGAAUCACUUGUAUGCGAUUCAAGGCAAAUCUGCUGCAAUUGUCCAUAUUCUUCGCGCUAUGAAGGUAGAAGGUAGGGAAGGAUUAUCUCAAGCGAUUAUGGACGAUAUAUAUACCAUAUCGGAAGAACUUGUGGAGAGUCAGUUUCUCAAUGAAUGUGCUGACAGCAUCUGGCUCACCUGCACGCGAGCAGGAUGGACGUUGAUUGGAAGUCUUGUCUCCAUGAAUGACGAACAGUGGAUCAGGGCAAAUUUAGAAAAGCUCUUGAAUUUAUGGCUUAAAUCUAGUGUUCUGCACAGUCGCGAAUCAUCUUUGGAGCUACUGCGCAUUGAAGCCGCUGUCAUUGCCUUGAGUGCCUUUUUGUUCAACUGCCAGGAUGCCACCAUAGAAGCUGAUAACGACAUCUACGUUCUUGCAAGUCACGUACUUCACGUUUAUCUACUGGCGACACAAAACACUCUUAGCCAUCCACCAAAGCGCCGCGGCCAAAUCGCCCGAUACCGCCUCAUUGGGUGCAUCCUUGACUGUUUUUCGAUGCUCCCACCUGUGUACAGUGAUUCAUACAUUGUGCUGUUAGAUCUUAUUGCUGAACAUACUAUAGCGCAGGCAUUGACCAACUUAAGGCACUCGGCACUGGUCCCGACAAAGUCGACAUACCUCCAAAGUGUACUCUCCUCGUAUGAUGAUACGCUUGACGCGAUUGCUCUUUCACGAUUAGAAGCAGGCGAUAAGCCAUCGCCGCUGUACUCACGAGAGCUCAAUCAUAUUCUUGCUUUGCAGCAACGAGAAAAUGCGCUCACCGAUAUUGAGCUGGAAGUACAGUAUCUUGAUACGUUUUGGAGAUCAAUUGCGGAACAGGAUCCUGUGAACGGUAUAAUUAAGCGUGCAAAUCGCAGUCCAAUCACAUAUGUUCGCCUUGUGGAUACUUGUGUGCUUUUGUUUGGUCGUCUAUUUCAUUUUAUUCCAGAAGACCUGCAGUUGCGAUGUCUCCAGCAAUACGCAGGAGCUCUAUCCGAUGUCCGAGCCGAUUGCGAAGUUAACGUCUGCUCAUUAUUGUUCGCGGUUAUUACUGAAGCUAAACGAUUGGAUUUAGCUGGCGCUGCGAUAACUUCUUCAGCAUUGCUAUCUGCUACAUCGUGGCCCCUUCAAAUGCAAACAAUGUUGUGUGAAAUGAUCGCAAGUGAAAAGGCAGAUGUGCGUCGUGGUGCCGGCGAAGCAUUAGGUUUAUUAUCGCUUAAUCUCGACGAAAGCCAUUGCAAAAUAUUAAUCAGUGAUUUAGAAAAGCGAUUAUUGGUAUAUAAGCAAUCCCAAGGAGCCUCUAGCGUCACUUUCGGCUCCGCCGCCGAAAUAAACGUGUCAAGUCUGUCAGCCGGAACAGCUUUUGCGUUAGCUUGCAUUAAACGUAGUUGCGGCUCACGCAUCGCCAUCAACACAGGAUUAAUUUUCCGUUUUACUCGUGAAUAUUCACAACCUCUUCGUACAUGGAUUUUGCAUUCAUGGGGCAUAAUUUUAGAAUCGGUAAGCUCUACUGGCGGCGACUACGAGCAUUUUGUUAGGUCAACGUUUUCUUUACUGGAAGCGCAUAUCAUGGCAGGGUUUGUGUAUUCGAAGGUGCACAAUGAUGGGUUACGUUGGCAAAUAGGUACAAAGGUUGCUUUGGGGCAGAUUAUCAAUGAUGUGGUGGCAGUACUUGGCCCAGAGCUUGAUGGAACCAGUGAUCGUCUAAACAAAAUUUACUCAUACUGGAUGCUGCUUCGUCAAGAUGGUGAUACGCGUGUGGAGUUGGAGUUCUUGAGAUUUUUGGAGCAAGUAGCCGUAUUCGCUCCAUCCCGUUUUCAGUAUGUGGAUCUAAAGUAUUUAUUGUACAUUUUGUCUGACACUGCGCUACUUAACUCUGGAAAUCCUUUUACAGUGACAGCACAAAAUAUUAGAUCCUCAAACUCAUCAUAUGUAGGCUGUGGAAUGAAUAUGGCCACACUUGGGAGGUUUGACGAGCCGUUCGAGCACAGUGGGCUCCUUAACGUUGGUGUAUAUACGAACGGUUGGUCCCGUAGUAUUCUGCGAAUUGUCGGUCUGUCGUGCCUUCGUACACUGGUGGAACGGGAUCCAACCUUAAUUCGCCGUCAAAAUAUUUUUUGUCUACUGUUUUCGGCACUUCACGCUGAGUACAAAACGCUGGUGUGGACUUAUCUGCCUGGACUUCAUGACAUGUGGAACUCACAUUCAUUCAAUUUUGCAGAAUCGAGGCCUAUGCAGCAAAUUAGCAUUGAUGUGUUGCAGAGCACAGCUAAGGCUCUUUUAGACGUGGUAGGGACAGAUCACGAGCGCGCUGAGCCAUGCCUCUGGGCUCUGUUGUGUCGUAGCAUUGCCAUCGGGGAAUCAGCGAGUACUGCCACCGAUGCUAAGGAAUUUAUGAAAAGCCCGAAAGCUAUCAACUCGGAACGCUCACCAUCAUCAAGUAUCAAAGCGUCAGGAGAGCAGGGGGAGUGGUCUUUCUAUCCUGGCCUGGAUGUAUCGAAAGUUGACGACAGUUCACUUGCAUCUGCGGCUGUUACAGCUCAAGUGCAAACGUGGCGAAAAACAAAAGCAACCGUGGAAGGCCUUAUUGCUUUGAUGCCACCAGUGUCACGACAGGUGCGUCACUUUGCAGUGGAAUGCGUCAUACGUGUGUUUGAAAUAAUGGCAGUGAACCCACCAGUGACAAGUGGUGCGUGUCUGACCACACAGUUGCAUUUUGAUCUCACUGCGGCGCGCCGCUAUUUUUUGGAAGUUAUUACUGGUGAGACAUCGGCCAAUUCCAAUCUUCAAAAUUUUUUGUGUAUGUUCUUGGACGAAUUUGUGACUCUCGCGUGCCAAGUUGCCACAACAGUCGCGGCGGAUGAGGAGCUUCUCAUGUAUCAGUGUGUGGGUCUUCGUCUAUUGAAUUUGUUGGUUAGAAAUUUUGCCGAAGCCCGUGAUCCUGAAGUGUCUACGGGAGAUGCAUACUUAUUGGAUCCGUACCGUGCCCAGCUUUCGUCCGCUCUCCGUCAUUCUUUGAAGCAGGUACAAGCAGAGUCUCCGCCAUUAGAUUCGGGAAAAGCUGAUAACGAAGAUAAGUUUUUUUUCGCGCCAUUACUCAUUGAAGCACAUUGCAUUGCGGGUGCUUGUGUCUCCGCUCAUCUAAUUCAAGACAAGGUAGCAUUAGGACGCAUUCUGAAAGCAGUUAUGACGUCAGACUAUGGCCACGAGCAUUUUAUUGGAGAUAACCUCACCCGCAUUUCUCUUUCACUAGCAAAUUUGGCGUCAGUGGGAGGAUUAGUUACCUCUUGUGUCAUGCUGGCGAUAGCUCAGAACGAUGCGCAUGAUGAUGAAUACCGAGCUAUCACGACAUCCCCACUUGUAAAGGCGUUGACAAGUGUCUUAUCAGAAGGUACUGAGUAUCUCUUUAAGUGUUGGAUGGAUUCAACUUUUGCCUACGCCGCCGUCAUGCAAGAUUGUGCACUGUGGGCACAGCUAGAAGCAUCAUUUGGUGAUAUAAUGUCAAUUCAUGAGGGAGUGGCAAUGCCAGCACUUCAGAUGCCCUUUCCACCCGUAAAUUUUAGCGCAAACGCGCCAGCGGCUGCUUUAUCAUCGUCAAAGUGUUUAAGAACACUGUACAAGCGGUACUGGCCAAAAAUUGUCAAUGCAAUGGCAAUUUCACAAAUUUACUUGCCGAAAUGUGUUUCUAUUAGUGGUGCCCAAGCAAAUAGGAUUCUGAUGUGGACGUUUGUCUUGCUAUCUAGUGCAAUUCUCCAUAUUAAUGCCAACGCUCGUGAUAGUGUGGAAGACAAAGAGGAUUUGCCGGCAGUUUUUCGCAGUGUUCCGCUGCUGCUGAGAACUUUAGUAGAAUGUCCACCUAAUCAAGGUUGCACCUUAUCCAGUAACUUCUUGGUGCUACUGAUUGCUUCAAUCCACGCUCUCAGACUUGCAAGUAAGCGGUGCUGUGGCCUUGCGCAAGUAGAGGCUCUCAAAGCGAUGUUUUCUUGCUUAUCGCGCAAGAGCCUUGAUUUCGCUAAAGACUUCUGCUGCUCUGAAACUGAAGGACAGCAGCACAGAAAUUCACUCGUUAAUGCCGUAGUGCAAGCCGGAGCGUGCCCCAUAGAUGUGAUAUUACAACUUUGUGAUGCUGCUGAGCAGACUAGGCAUGCUCGGGCAGUAAGUGUCGGUAGCAGGACCACAGAAACCCGUCAAAGCUCUGUUGCGAGUGUCAAAGAUACCAAACACAUGACUGAAGUCAUUCAAUUUGCUACCAAUGGAAUCAUUCUUUUGCAUUCGACCGAAGAAGCGCGACAUGGGGUGAUAUGCUUGUUAGCUAAAGUACAGCAAGUUAUUUGUGCUGUUGCUAGUUGCUACUAUCCAUCCUCAGUCAAGGACGCUGUGGUAACGCUUAGUCGUGCUUCCGUCGGGUCAGUACUUGCUCUGGCACGUACACUGGACAGCAGCAACGAUGCAUCCGCUGACAUUUUGACCCAAAUCAAAAUAAGCAUGAGUAGUUGCUUUAUUGAUCUUGCCGAGUGGGUCAAAAAUGAUUUUCGCAUUUCACCAAGAUUUUCACUGCAGAUCGUGGCAAAUUUUGCCAUCGAAUUUCCAACGUUUCUACAAGCAGAUGCAGAGCGUUUGCACUAUGAAGUCUCCAACACAAUUUUGACAGAAUUUGGAAGAUUUACAUCACCUCAACUCCACGACAACGAGAAUAUAAAAGAGCAACAUACCGCCGCCAAAGUAGAAUUACUGCGAGGUUUGCACGCUAUUAUAAUAAAGCUGAUCGACGCGCGGCAAAUGUCCACUACAAAUCGCUAUCUGAGGGCUCUCGGACCACAUCUCGUUGAUACAGUUUGCGCAUCAAACGGAUAUCCGAAAAAUUCUGCUGAGCUCGAUGAAAUGGAUGCAGCAGAAGCGCUACUUCGUAUGCUGACGAUGCAGCUAAACGAUCAAUAUGGGUCCCAGUUUGUGCACAUGGUGCUACCAAGAUUCGCGAUCGUGCUUGGCUAUCCCUUCUCCCCGGCACAUGAUCAUGUGAUUUCUGGUCAAUUUUCUGGUAUCCUUGCACGACUGCUAUUAUGCUUAGCGCAGACUCAUGCCGUUGCAUUCAGGGAAGCCGUUACAUCGAUGGUGCCGGCGUUACGUAUAGUGCUUGAGACGUCACUGCGCCUCGCUAUCAUGGGCUCCAACGCUCCUGAACAACGCGAACAAUCAUCUUUAGUGCAGGAGAGUAGCAUAUCCGCCUUAAAACUUGAUCUAAGCCGAUACAAUUGA